AUUUUGUUGUCCAUUUGUUUUUGACGUUUAGGUAGCACAGUAUUUUUUUGUGUAUUUUUGAGCCUGAAAUACCUACGUGCAAUUUACUUUCCAGAAAGAAAGUAGUUACCUUCUGAAGCAGUUGACUCGGUCAAACUGGAUUCAUAGCCAAAACACAAUCUGUCGAUCAACAUGUCUUCAGAAACAGCUCAAGUUAGUUCGUUGCCCCUGCCUCCAGUGCAGUUUAUUAAUUUCUAUACAGAUGAAAAUGUAAGGAGAAAUCGAGCGCCUUUACCACCGCGGCCUAUACAUGAUUCGUAUUCUAUGUUUGGACAUCCUUUCAACGCUGAUGAUACAAUCAUACGGUCAUUGGAGAGUCAGGGUUUUCGACGCCUGUAUCCAGUACACUUUGAAAGACGAAGAGAACUAAAAAAGCUGAAUCAUUCAUUACUUGUUAAUUUUUUGGAUCUCCUAGAUUUGUUAGUAAAUUGUCCAGAUUCACCUAAGAGAGCUGAGAAAGUUGAAGAUCUCAGUUUACUGUUUAUUCACAUACAUCACCUGCUAAAUGAAUUCAGACCGCAUCAAGCUAGAGAGACUUUACGGGUCAUGAUGGAGUUGCAGAAAAGGCAGCGUGUGGAAACUGCUACAAGAUUCAAGAAACAUUUGGACAAAGUGCAAGAUAUUCUACAGAAUGCCCUACAAAGUUUGCCUGACCAAAAUGAGGUUGACUCCAAUUUCAAGGUGCCCAUUGAGAUGCUAGAACACAUGGACUGCAGCCCUAGCGACAGUGCCGCUGUGGACCCUUGCUAUGAACUCGACAGAAUUAUGUGUAAUGUCAUUGAUAAUAUGAGAUGAACAGCUUUUAAUUGUAUUCGUUUAGAUUUAGCAGAAAUAGAAAAUAUAAGACUAAUUUUUAUA